CUGCUGCUUUUGUCCUGACAUUAAAAACUGCUCAAGACGACAAAAUCGCCGCUGUGCUGCUUCUCGUGAUUAAAUUUUGGCCGUGAUUUGCUGCGUGAAAGUUUAGAUUGUACGGAAUAUUUCUGCGCUAGCUGCAUCAAAAACCCUCGCCAUACAAUGGGAGACGCUGUCGACACCGCCAAGAAGGUCCAAGAGUACAAAGACAACUUGAUCAAGAAAGCUGAGGAGUUGAUCAUUAAAGGGUUUCCGGAGAAAAUUGUCAAACUGAACGAUUUGCUGUCCACUCCUCAGUUUUCCGAGCGAAGCUUCACCGAUGUGUACCAAGACCUCAACAUUCCAGUGCCCGAUCCGAUCGAGAUUGGUAACGCAGAUACGGAGAAAGCCGACGGUGACGAGCCCGGUACAAAGCGCGCCCGCUUGGACUUGCCCAGCGGAACCAAGGUGAUGGCUUUGCCGAACGGUCGCGUCGAGUGCAACACGCCCAUUUGCGAGCUCAUCAAGGUGGUCAAACCGGUCAUCCGUACCCUGGUCGAAGAUUCCAACUUGCUGAAGAUGUGGAUUUCCUUCAUGAUUCCCAAAAUCGAGGACGGAAACAACUUUGGCGUUUCGAUCCAGGAAGACACUCUCGCCGAGAUCCAGUCGGUCGAGACGGAAGCCGCCGCCUUCUUCGACCAGAUUUCCAGAUACUUUGUUUCCCGGGCAAAAGUUGUUUCCAAAGUAGCCAAGUAUCCACACAUUGAGGACUAUCGUCGUGCCGUAGCGGAGCUGGACGAAAAGGAAUUCCUGAGCUUAUGGUUGGUGCUGAGCGAGGUCAGAAAUCGCUACUGCUCCCUGCACGACAUCGUCAUCAAAAACAUGGAAAAGUUGAAAAAGCCACGAUCCUCCAACGCAGAAAGCCUCUACUAAAGCCAGCGGCAAGAUUGGAGUUAAAUGUUCUGAAUCAAAUUACCGACAAGUUGCAGAUCCAGCCCAACCAACACACAUAUUUUUGCCCUUUUAUGCGACAGUAAUAAUAAUAAUUCCUUGAGAAGAAGCAGCAGCAGCAAAAUAAAUUUAACAUUACUACAGAAGCAUACAUGUAAGAAGAGGUCCUUCCAACAGUUGGUCGUGUUAAAUGACAACAGUCUUUAAGUAGUGCACCACUAUCUACCAGUAAAACAUUGUAUUUGCAAACAAUACCAUUUCAUGCAACAUUGAUGAUAAUAAAACAAAAGUUCUAUUGGA